CCAUGUUUUUGAUUUAGGAGAAGAAGCUCCUGACAGUGUCCUGAGAAGGGUUUUUCUCAAUCUUGAAAUGCUCAAGAACAACGGUGACGAAUUUGUUCCUAAACUUGAGGAGAAGUUGAAAAUAGUUGUUGCUGGUGGAGACGGUACAGCUGGCUGGCUUCUUGGUGUGCUUUCCGAUCUGAAACUGUCCCGGUCUCCACCCGUUGCUACUGUACCUUUGGGAACAGAAAAUAAUGUGCCUUGUGCAUUUGGUUGGGGUAAGAGAAAUCCUGGUACUGACCGUAAAUCGGUGAUGUCGUUCUUGGAACGAGUGCGGAAAGCGAAAACAAUGAGUCUAGACAGUUGGCACAUUCUCAUGCGGAUGAGAGCACCUAAAGGAGGGAGUAAUUGUGAUCCAAUUGCUCCACUAGAGUUGCCACAUUCUUGCAUGCAUUCGGCAUUCCGUCGGGUUUCCUCAACAGAUGAUCUCGACGUGGAAGGUUACCACACAUUCCGUGGAGGAUUUUGGAACUAUUUCAGCAUGGGAAUGGACGCACAAGUGUCUUAUGCAUUCCACUCCGAGCGCAAACUUCAUCUCGAAAAAAUCAAUAAAAAGCUCAUUAAUCAG